UAGUCGUGGAACUGUUGUAAGUUCUGCUCCGCGAUCAAGUCACUGUUGUGAGAGAUGAGAAGGAACUAUAAUUGGUCCAGACUACCAGAGUUGGUGGGUGGCACAGAUAGUGGGAUGGUGUAUGGAUAGUGCUGGGUAGUUUCUCAUAUUUCACUUUUCCAAUGUUGGCCAACAAGAUUUUUCAUGACAAGUAUAUAUAUAUGCAUGUAUUAAUGAAUAAGUGAACGUAUAUUAUUUUGAUGGUUAUAAUUCUGUACGAACAAAACACAAAAUACAGGUUGGACUUUGGAGUUGUCUGCUUGUUGACUCCUUGGUCCUUUCGUGGAACUAGAGAAGAAAUUUCCUAACCAUCCAACUGAAAGGAAAUAGAAAAGAAGCCGGUGGUUUUUUCCUUUUUUUUUUUUUUAAGAAAAAAAAAAGUUCCUUUAAGGUAAGCUAACCUAAGGGACCCUCAACUUAUUAAGUGUCAAACUGUUGUUAAACAAAAAGGAUCCUUCAAUUAUUGGGGUAUAUUUUAUAUACCCCAGUUUUAGAGUUUGAGGAUAGAAUUUGGAUUGUGAGGUUCAAAAAGAUUCAGCUAGCAAUCUCGACUUCAACUCCCCUUGUAACUUCUACUUAUCUUUCGACAACAAGGAGGACCCAAUCGCGUUUUAUGCGAGCAUUUAAUCGAUUUAUGGGCUUCUAUUCUUGUCAUACAAAUUACUUGCUGAUUAUUUGGUCUAUAUACAUGAUGAAGGAGUUUACAUUCUACUCUUCAAAUUGUAAUUGAUGCUUUGCGAACAGAGUAUUUUGUAAGGCAAGGUCCUUUGGAAUUGACCGAGAGCAUACAUAAUACUUCAGCCAAAAUGCAGCAGUCUGUUCCUAAGGCAAGUGGGUCAGGAUUGCCCAAGCUGCGAAAGAAAGAAGAAUGGGCUGCCAAAGAGAUCCAUUUAACGGAUGAGAAACAUAAAGUGUCAGAGCUACCAAAAUCUCCAAAAUGCCCUUCGUUGAUUGCAUUGUAUUUGCAAGGGAAUUAUGAGCUGACAGCUAUUCCUCCCUUAUUCUUUCGGCGCAUGGCCCUUCUCCAAGUAUUAGAUUUGUCCCAUACUAGCAUCAAAUCUUUGCCAAAAUCUCUUCCCAAGUUGGUUUCAUUAAAAAAGCUCUUGCUAAGAGGUUGUGAACUCUUCAUGGAACUAUCACCUCAGGUUGGGGAACUGAAAAAUCUCGAGGAGUUUGAUCUUGAUGAAACUCAGAUCAUGCAUCUGCCAAGUGAGAUUGGAAAGCUAGUCAAGUUAAGUCAUUUGAGAGUAUCAUUUUAUCAUAUCUGUUGCAAAAAGAAGUCGAAAUCAGACUUUGUGAUUCACCCUGAGACAAUAUCAAUUCUGUCGCAACUUGUUGAAUUAAGCAUUGAUGUGAAUCCGGCAGACAAGAGGUGGGAUGAUUCUGUGGAAGCCGUUGUGAAGGAAGUAUGCAACUCAAAAACAUUGAAGACUCUUAGCUUGUACCUGCCUAAAUUCCAACUUUUAGAUAAUUUAUCAUUGAUAUAUUCUUCAUUGUCACACUUUAGUUUUACGGUUGGCCAUCAUAAAAGGAGAAUCAUAUCUCGUGUACCUCGUGAAGUUGAAGCAGAAUUCAGAAAUUGGGAUAAAUGCUUGAAGUUUGUGAAUGGUGGAAACAUCCCAAUCGAAAUAGAAGCGGUACUCAAAUAUUCUUCUUCAUUUUUCUUGGACAACCAUGCAACCGCUAUGAAUCUAUCUGAAUUUGGGAUCGAGAAUAUGAAAAGGCUAAAAUUUUGCUUGUUGGCAGAGUGUAAUAAGAUGGAAACCCUAAUUGAUGGAGAGAUGCAUGACGAAAGAAAUGAAGAUGGUCAAUCUGAAUCUGAAGCUGGUUCUGCAGAACAUGUGCUUGAAUCUCUAGAAUAUUUGAGCAUUUAUUACAUGGAGAAUUUAUGGAGUAUUUGGAGAGGACCAAAUCGUUGUGGAUGUAUGUCUAGGUUGAAAUUCCUAGCGCUGCAUACAUGCCCCCAGCUAAGACAUAUUUUCGCUCGUACUUUGCUUGAAAAUUUUGUCAACUUGGAGGAGAUUAUCGUUGAGGACUGCCCCCAAGUCACCAGCCUGGUAAGCCAUGCAUCUGUCAAGCCAAUGAUGUCAAAUAAAUUUCUCCCUAGUUUGAAAAGAUUGCUGCUUCUCUACCUUCCUGGACUGGUCAGCAUUUCUAAUGGUCUAUUAAUAGCACCAAAAUUAGAAAGCAUAGGCUUUUAUAAUUGCCCAAAGCUUAAAAGCAUAACAAAAAUGGAAUUGUCAAGCAAAACUUUGAAGAUAAUCAAAGGAGAAUGUCAGUGGUGGGAAGAUUUGAAUUGGAAUGAAACGGAUUGGGGAAAUCGGCCAGAUUAUCUGAUGCGUAUCUUUUGCCCUAUCAGUAAUUAGAAAGAUGUUAUGACCCAC